CAGGACUAUUGUAUCUCUAAAAAAUCAGUUCGUCUAAAACCGCGGUAAAGUGCACGUGGAAGCGAUUUUAUGUAAACAAUGGCGACAAACAAAAUUUUAAGAAAUAUAUAUUUUGGACUUGCUUAUUUGAUAUUUUUAGUACAAACUUCAAAUUGCCUGAAUCUAGGUCUCAUAUCUGGUGACCUGAAACGAUCUUCGAGUCCGUUGUUUAUUAGGAAAACUUCUCACCACUCGCCAAUAACAAUCAAUAUAAGACCGGGAAUUAUGAAACCGCAAAAACUGUUUCCACCAAUAUUACCACCUAUUUUAUCAUUAAAAAGUCCCCCAAUAAAAACAAAAAUAAAACCUCUCAAAAUAAUAAAAUUACCCAAAGUACCAUUAUUACCGAAAUUGUCUAAGAUACCGAAGUUACCAAAAUUACCUCUUCUACCAAUAAUUCCUCCUAUGGUGCCACCACUUAUACCUAAAUUUCCCUUACCUAUUUUACCAAUAUUACCUCCACUUCUACCACCUAUAAUACCUGGUUUGACAAAGCUAAAGAAACCUAUUCGUGUCCCAAUAAUAGGAAAAACCAAGUUGCAAAAGGCUCUGGGUUCAGAAUUAAAGCUGUUAAAGUUACCAUUAACUAAAUCUAAGUUAAACAAAAAUGUUUUAGAAAAACUUCUGAAACUCAAGAGAGAUGGAUCAUUGACUACAGCACAAUUUAUUAGAUUUAAAAAACUACUAUUGUAA